ACGCCCGGGGCCCCCCUGCACCCCCCGGGGCACCACCACGGGCACCCGCACGAGGAGGAGCACGUCCGGGCGCCCAGCGGGCACCACCAGGCCGGCCGCUGCCUGCUGUGGGCCUGCAGGGCUUGCAAGAGGAAGACCACCAAUGCCGACCGCCGUAAGGCUGCCACCAUGAGGGAGCGGCGGCGGCUCAGCAAGGUCAAUGAGGCCUUUGAGACCCUCAAGCGCUGCACCUCCACCAACCCCAACCAGCGUCUGCCCAAGGUAGAGAUCCUGCGCAACGCCAUCCGCUACAUUGAGAGCCUGCAGGCGUUGCUCCGGGAGCAGGAGGACACUUACUACCCAGUGCUGGAGCACUACAGUGGGGAAUCGGAUGCCUCCAGCCCCCGCUCCAACUGCUCCGAUGGCAUGAUGGAGUACAGCGGGCCUCCUUGCAGCUCUCGCAGAAGAAACAGCUAUGACAGCAGCUACUACACAGAAUCACCAAAUGAUCCAAAGCAUGGGAAGAGUUCUGUUGUUUCCAGCCUUGAUUGCCUCUCAAGCAUUGUAGAGAGGAUUUCCACAGAUAACACCACAUGUCCUAUACUGCCUCCAGUGGAAACUGUUGCUGAAGGGAGUCCCUGUUCCCCCCCAGAAGGAGCGAGUCUGAAUGAUAGCGGAGCCCAAAUUCCGUCCCCCACCAAUUGCACCCCACUUCCCCAGGAUAACAGCAGCAGCAACCCUAUCUACCAAGUGCUAUAAAGGCAGGUCCAGCUGGACUGCACUGAAAACAAAUUGCUCCGUUCAGCCAAGCUCCGAGACCUGCCUUCUAAGACUGAAGAUUUCUCAAGACUUGUUCCAGUUUUAAAAUAUCACUCAAAAUUCCUUCAAAUAUAUAACUUUUCAAACCUGUAUUACUUCAAAAUACACCUAGUUAUUUAUUGGUUGUUAAACUAAACUUAUUUAAUAUGUCUAGAGAUAAAAUUGUAUACCAUGAAAUGGCCAAUGUUUAAUCUGGGCUUUGGGGAAUAGGAACCUGGCUCUUGAAUGCAGAGGAGAAUAGAAAUCUACAACAGUAGUGGCAUUGACAGAUCCUUCCUAUUACUCCUGUUCUGGCCAAAAUAAGGUUGUGGACCAUUUUUUAUAAAACUUUUUGUAUAAUUGUAAAUAAGAGUUGCUUUGCAAAAAAAAGGGAAAAAAAGAGGAAAAGAAAGGGAAAAAAAGAAACAAAAGCAAAAAUUAAAAACAAAACAAAAAGGGGAAAAAAAUUUAAAAAUAUUUAAUAUUGCUUGGUUUGUUGUGUCAAACUUUAUAUAUUUAUACGAUGUGGUUGCCAAAAAUGUUUUCAACAGUAUUCUAAAUAAAGACCC